UUAGGUGGACGUCUUCCCAUCUGAUAACGAACGGAGGCGAAUCUAAAUUACGAUCGUCAGUACUUUUUGGCCUAGGCUACCGAACGGGAACGCGGUUUACCACCUUUCAAAUCUUGACGUCGAAAAUGUCCAGCCAAGUGCAGUGUCUUACCGUUUUCGGCGUUAGUAUUCUCCUGAUCGGUUGCUCGAGUGGUGUUUUCAGUGGUCCUACUGCCACAUUCGAUUGUGAAAAUGAAAUUGAGGGAAAUAUUACUGCCGAGGAGGCUCUUAAAAGUGCGCUACUUUGUGGAACAGGAUACAAUGCUCAGCAUAGACCCGUGAAGAACCAGCAAGAUCGAGUGGCAAUGUACAUUGGUGCGGAUGUCAUGAAUGUUGAAUUGAUUCAUAAUUCUCUCGCAACGCUAGAAAUUACUGUGGAGAUAUCAAUGCAAUGGUACGAUGCUUACCUACACUGGAAUAAGAAAGCCCAAAACAACAUACAAACCGUUCCGGUAUCCGAGCAAGAUAUUUGGACGCCAAAGCUAGCUGCCAAAUCUCUGACUAAAUCUACUGUUCAAAACAUCGAUCAUUGCUUCCACGUCAAGUGCCAUCUUAGCUCCGAUGGGGAAGUUAUGUACUCCAUGCUGUGCACAUUCACCGUGGAUUGUUUGGACAGCUCACGCCACUGGGCGUUCGAAACCAAAGAUUGCCCACUGAGGAUAUUCACACCGGAGUAUGACAUAAACCAAUUAUCUUUGUUCCAUUUUCAGCGGCGACUGUCGUACUCAGUUGCCGGAGUGCUACCGUACAAGAUCACCUCCUUUCAGAUGGCAAUCGUAAAUAACUCGGUGAGUCCCGAGUUCCGAAUGGAUAUAGUUGUGGAACGAAUGGUUGGUCCGCAUUUGGUUGUUUUUCUGUUACUGAUUUUGGUGCUGAUGUCUUUGAACCUCGUAAUCACUUGGUUUAAAAUCGAUACCACCGUUCGAGCUGUACUAUCCAUAACUUCAUUGGCCUUGCAUGUUAUCUACACCGUUAUUCUGUAUUGGUACGCAACCACUAAGAUGCAUCCCGCUUCAUGCCUGGCCAAUACACUCGUUGGAUCUCUUAUAAUAUCAAUUCUCCUGUUUGGCGAGUUCGUAUACUCUAUGAACAUGUCUAAGCAGAACAGCAUGGGAGUUCCACAUAUUCUCCAAAGAUGCUAUCUAUCGGUUACAAAAAUAACUCUCCUCAAAACAUUUCUCAAGCUAAGCUACAUCAAUAUAAACGAUCAACUAGUAAAGCCAACAAAGCGAAUCUCGUCGGCAGGGUUUUCCAAUCAUGUAGACCACAUCGAAUCGACAUCCAGAGAUACUACGAUAAACGAGCAAACGGACUCCGACGACGGGGAAACCGAUCCAGCCAAACUGAAAUGGAACGUGUUUGUACAGCCCUUUGACCGGCUAAUUUUCUGUGGGAUUGUAAUCGCCUACGUUAUAAUGCUACUGGUGCUGUUUCUAGCGUGAAACCGUUUGAAAUUUCUUGCGAGUUCUCUCAAACGAGUGAGAUACAGCUCAAUUAAAUGAGAUAAUAAGCGCAACAGAGUAAGACAAUGUUCUACUUUCUAAUGUAAUGGUACAGACAAAUGUUAGUUUUAAUUGAAUUUUACUCAGCAUUUUCAUCGAUUUAGUUACUAAUCAAUCAUUAAAAAAUCAAAUGAUUAGAUAAAAUUAGAAAAAUAUUACAAUUUAAGCUGAAAGCAUCAAAUUAAAGACAAGUAUACAAGGCAUUUAAAUCGAAAUGUAGAAACGAGUAGAUAAAUCGUGUUUAGAAAUAAGUUCUGUUGCUACUUCCUGGCCAGGAGCCAAUGUGUUCUAUGUUGAAUUUAGUGUAGAUAACGAAUAAAAGUAAUG